AUGAAUUUGAGAAAGAUCGAGGAUGUUAAUAUUGCAAAAUACACUAAAGAUAAUUGGGAAUCUUUAAGACCCGAAUGGGAACCUUACGCUAAACUCAAAGAACUGGACUAUUCUAAACUGAUGGCAUUUGACGCUAAUGGGUUGUACGCUUCCGCCAUGACAGAAGGUGAAUAUCCUAAAGCGGAAAGUGCAAGAGCGUUUCUACCAGAAGAAGAAAAAGAAUUUGAAUUAAGGAAUAAAUACAAAAAAGAAGGAGAUAUGGUUGCUAGAAAUUGCAUGAAAUUAUUAGGAAAUUCCUUAUACGGUAAAUCUAUUCAGAAGGAUAUAAAUACAUCGAGACAUCUAUGGAGUGAAGCGACUUUUAAAGCCAACUUAGAUUCACACGUCAAAAGCUAUGAAAAAGUAAAUGAUAGUCAAUAUAUAGUUGAGAUGAAUGAAGAAGAAAAAGAGUUUGUUCCUCCAAAGAAUUUUACUAGAUUAACACCCGCUCAUUUAGGUGCAUUUAUAUUAUCUCACAGUAAAAAAAUAAUGAACAAUUUCAUUCACGUAAUAGAUGGAUUUUAUAAGCCGGAAAUAUACUAUACAGAUACUGAUAGUUUAUACAUUUCGUCUAGUAAUUGGGAUAAAUUAAAUGAAGCUGGGUUGGUGUCUGAAAACGAAUAUAGCAAAGGGAAGAAUGAUUACGGUGAUGGUGGAAUCAUAUUUGGUUUAUAUUUAGCGCCAAAAGUAAAAUACAAUAUCAUUCUAACUUCCGAUGGUGUUUUAAAAGAAAAGAAAACGUUUAAGGGUCACUUCUAA